UUUUGUCCCUCCACUCAAGCGUGAGCUUGCUUCCAUAGUGGUGGCAGUAGCCGGUAAAUCUCUGAACAGUUUUUUACCCGGUAGCUUUUGGGUGUGCAAGCGUUGAACAUUUUACUGAUGGCUCUUUUUCGGUUCGUGCCCACACGUGUUGUUGUACAACCUCAGAAAUGUCUUCCAGCACUGUCCAUCCUGUCCAGAGGCAUCUCUGCAGAUUCUACGGAUCUAAAAGGAAUCUUGGCUAACAAGAUCAAGGCUGAGCAGGCCAAAGUGAAGGAAUUCCGUCAGAAAUGUGGAAGCCAAGUUGUGGGAGAAGUUACCAUCGACCAGAUGUACGGUGGAAUGCGUGGCAUCAAGGGCCUGGUCACCGAGACCUCUCACCUAGACCCGGAGGAAGGUAUCUCCUUCCGAGGUCACUCCAUUCCCGAGAUCCGUAAGCUGCUUCCUAAGGCCCCCGGAGGAGAAGAACCCCUUCCCGAGGGUCUCUUCUGGCUCCUCCUAACCGGUGACAUCCCCAGCACCGAGCAGGUCAAGUCUGUGUCGCGGGCUUGGGCGCAGCAAGCAGACCUCCCUUCCCACGUUGUCACAAUGUUGAACAACUUCCCAUCAAAUGUUCAUCCAAUGUCACAACUCAGUGCUGCCAUCACAGCUUGCAAUACGGAGAGCAGAUUUGUGCAAGCCUACAACAAGGGAGCGCCCAAAGCCACAUAUUGGGAGCACACAUUUGAUGAUACAAUGGCGCUGGUCGCCAAGUUGCCCCCGAUCGCGGCCACGGUGUACCGCAACCUGUUCAGGGACGGCAGCAGCAUCGGAGCCAUUGACGUGAACAAGGACUGGUCCGCCAAUUUCUCUGCCAUGCUGGGCUACGACAAUCCAGCCUUCACCGAGCUGAUGCGCCUCUACCUCACCAUCCAUAGUGACCAUGAAGGAGGCAAUGUCAGUGCCCACACGACCCACCUGGUGGGAAGUGCCCUGUCUGACCCAUACCUCUCCCUUGCUGCCGGAAUGAACGGACUGGCUGGUCCUCUCCACGGCCUUGCUAACCAGGAAGUAUUGGUGUGGCUGACAAAGCUUCAGCAAGAGCUGGGUGGUGCCGUGUCUGAUGACCAGAUGAAGGAAUUUGUAUGGAAGACUCUAAAGUCUGGCCAGGUGGUACCGGGAUACGGCCAUGCCGUGCUCCGCAAGACUGACCCCAGGUACACGUGUCAACGAGAGUUUGCCCUGAAGCACCUCCCCGACGACCCCUUGUUCAAGCUGGUGAGCCAGUUGUACAGCGUUGUGCCACCCAUCCUCCUGGAGCUGGGUAAGGUGAAGAACCCGUGGCCCAACGUUGAUGCCCACUCUGGUGUGCUCCUACAGUACUACGGCAUGAAGGAGAUGUCUUACUACACCGUGCUCUUCGGUGUAUCUCGAGCCCUGGGUGUGCUGUCUUCUCUCGUGUGGGACCGCGCCCUCGGACUGCCCAUCGAGCGGCCCAAGUCGAUGACCACGGAGGGUCUCAUGAAGUUGGUCGGCUACAAAUGAAAACUUUGCGUCCUUCCCUCUCCUCUUUGUGCAGCAGAGGGCGCCCCCCACCCGUAGCAGGAAGAAGUGAUCUUGGUUUCGUCGGAUAUUGUUUCGUGAGAUGGGUGGCGGGCGCCCCCCCCACAUCACACUGUCCCUUUAGUUGUUCCUCCGCGAUUGCUUAUUCCGCGGUUAUUUAUGCAACAAGUGUCACACCCUACGGGGUGCCGCCUUCUUCUGUGUCUUUUCGGUCGCGAGUGGAUUUUAAACAGGACGAAACUGCACGUAGGAGACGUCAUUGUAGCACAUUGGGGUACUUUCUUUUUGUCUCGUUAUGGGAAACAGCGUGGACUCAGUGUGGUAUACUACUUUCUUAUACAGUGCAUGGCGGAGUUGGGGAACGUCGACCUUUGCAUUGAGAGAUUAGGAAUGUGUGCAAACAUGCUUAGAUUUGUUCUCAGAGACCAGUUUCGCUUUAUACGUUUUACCCUACAUGAAGGAAUUUCCUUUAGUGUUGCUUCGUAAGAGUACCUCCAGGCGUGUAACUUAAUCUUCCGAAUUAUGGUAAUCAAGAACUUCAUAUGGGGUACGUGUUCUUCCGAGUCGGAGGCUAAACUGGGUUGGGACCCCUAAGUCGCGUUGUUUUCGGCGUAAAAAGCCACGUAAGGUGCCCAUCUCAAAUUGGUGUGAAAGAAUCUGGUCAAGAGUUGCAAAAGUGUAGAUUGCAGGUGGUUUCUUGAGGGUGGCUGUCUACGGUGGGUUUUACGAAAGAGUUUUUGUACUUCAUUCCAUCAUACGUUCGCACUUUUAACACUGUCAUAUCUUGUUAAAGGAACCUUUAGUUUUGACUAACUUGAUGCCAUUUGCAUAACAGUAGCAAUACUCUCAUGUGCCUCCCCCCCCCCCUUUCCAGUUAGUGGUUUAGGCAUGCCAAUUGCAGUAGGGUUGAUCAGCUGUACAUAAGGAUGAUGAGCCAGGGUGACCGUGAUUCCAAGGCAGUGUGAUAUUUGGAAAUAAAACAAUGCACAUGUCUA